AGUCUUUCAUUUCCCAUUUCUAAUUUGCUAAUAAAAACCUAUAUAUCAUCUUUAAAACCACAACUGAAAAGGAACAAGUGCAAAGCAUUGGUGGAGGAAAACAGAAACAAAAAUGGCUAAGGAAGGACUGGGGUUGGAAAUCACGGAGCUGAGGUUGGGUCUCCCUGGAGGCGGCACUGAAAAAAAUGAGAAGAAAAGAGUGUUCUCAGAGAUUUCAGAGGAGGAGGAAAAUGAGAAGAGCAAUGGGCCGCCGGAGUUGCAAAGCAAGAGUCAAGUGGUGGGGUGGCCGCCGGUAUGUUCGUAUAGGAAAAAGAACAGUUUCGGCGAUAAAGAUGGGUCUAAAACAUCAAAAUUUUACGUCAAAGUCAGCAUGGAUGGAGCUCCUUUUCUUCGCAAAAUCGAUCUUGCAUUGCACAAAGGUUACUCUGAUCUUGCUAAGGCUUUGGAGAAGCUGUUUGGAGAGGCGUUAAGGGAUGCAGAGAGCUGUGAGUUCGUUCCCAUAUAUGAGGACAAAGAUGGAGACUGGAUGUUAGCGGGGGACGUUCCUUGGGAGAUGUUUAUUGAAUCGUGUAAGAGGUUGAGAAUCAUGAAAAAAGCGGAUGCCAAGGGAUUCGGAGUACUGCAAUCGAGGGAAGCUCUCAAUGGAACUUUGAAGGAGUGACUAGAAAAGCCGCAUGCACGAAUUAAUGCCCUAGUUGAAGAAUUGCUUAACUAAAGUUUCUUUGAUACUUUGUUAAAAUGUUAAUGAUGGUUAUUAGCUACUUUUGAUUAAUUAAGGAGACAAUAUUUCUUGCUUUAUGUGACAAUACUACUUGAAAUCUACUCUUUUUUUUUAGCUUAUUGUCGAUGUUCAAGGCAUAUUAUGUUAUAGUGUAUUUGGGACUAGAACCCCUAAUUGAUAGGGCAUAAUUUGCUUCCUCGUCAUCAAUUUCAAAUUGUUAUGUGUUAUUUGGUA